GAUCCGAGCAAUUCUUCUUGUCGAUUAUUUCUCGUCGUUCAAUAAGGUGCAAACGCGUAGAAGAGAUGGUGGAGGUGCUCUUGGAUCGAAUCGACGGUCAGGAGGUAACUAUCGUUGAGUCGGAUUGCAUACCAGAAUCGCCGACGGAGAAUUCGCCAGUCAACGAAAAACUAUCGCCGAUUCAGGAAUUUUACUAUGGCCAAAGUAUUUUUAUCACCGGCGGCACCGGUUUCAUGGGCAAACUGCUCAUCGAGAAGCUCCUUAGAACGUGUCCUGGAGUAACGUCGAUCUACCUACUAGUGCGUCCGAAAAAAGGCAAGGAUGUGCACCAGCGUACUGAAGAAAUCUUUGACGACACGGUAUUUUCAAAACUUAGAGAUGAACAGCCUAAGUUCCGACAUCAGAUCGUUGCUAUAGCGGGAGACUGCAGUCAACCGAAUCUCGGAAUAUCUGCGCAAGAUCGGGCCACUCUUAUCCGGGCAGUUUCAAUUGUUUUUCAUGUCGCAGCUACAGUUAGAUUCGACGAGAAAUUGAAAUUAGCAGUGCCUAUUAACGUCAGAAGUACAAGAGACGUUGUAAAUCUCUGCAAAGAGAUCACGAACUUAAAGUCUCUUGUACACGUAUCGACUGCUUAUGCAAAUUGUCCACAAACUGUAAUCGAGGAAAAGUUUUAUGACCCUCCAAUGGAUUCUGAUAAACUAAUUGCGUUGAUUGAAUGCGUGGAAGAUAAAUUGGCUGAAGACAUCACUUCGCAAUUAUUAGGAAAAUGGCCUAAUACUUAUACUUUCACGAAAGCAGUUGCCGAGAAUGUGAUCAGGAAGCAAGCUGACGAUCUACCGGUCGGCAUUUUUCGUCCUGCUAUUGUUAUCUCAACGUAUCAAGAACCGACACGAGGUUGGAUCGACAAUCUGUACGGUCCAACAGGAGUUGCUGCCGGCGCUGGAACUGGAUUGCUGCGAUCGAUCCACUGUGAUGGUUCAGUACACGCAAACGUGGUACCUGCCGAUUUAGCAGUUAAUGCUCUAAUUGCAUGUGCAUGGGACGUUGCAAACGAUCAAAGAAUAAACAAUAAAUCGCGUAGUGAUGUUCCGAUUUAUAAUUAUGUGUCUACGGACAAUCCGAUAACUUAUGAUGAUUUAAAGGACAUGUCAUCAAAAUAUGGUCUCGAAAUUCCCUCCACCAGAGCGGUUUGGUAUUAUAGCUUCAGAAACAAUAAGCACAGGAUAAUUCAUCUCUUUUUCGUGUAUUUUUGGCAUCUGCUUCCAGCUUUACUGGUUGACACAGCAACUGUCUGCAUAGGAAGACAACCAAAGUUACUUAAGGUUUACAAGAAGAUACACAAAUUCAUGGAUGUGCUGAACUAUUUCGCUACGCAAGAAUGGAAGUUUACCAAUGAUCGAUUACACGCGCUGAUGGGCAAGCUCACAUUCAAAGAUCGUGAAAAAUUCUAUUGCGAUAUACGAGAUGUCGAUUGGAAUACUUACUUCGAGACUUACAUUCGUGGAAUAAGGGUAUAUCUCAUUAAGGAUCCCCUAGAUACUUUACCGCAGGCACGCGUCAAAUGGCAAAGAUUAUACUGGAGUCAUCAAAUACUGAAACUCAUAUUGGCCUAUAUCGCCAUGAGGCUCUCCUGGACGGCUAUAUCCAUGAUCUUUGAUUUUUUUUAUCUAAAAAUGUGACAGAAAUGGUAGGAAUAAAAAUCCAGGACAUACGUUUUGGAGAUGCAGAACCGAACGGUGGAGGGUGAUAGCUUGUGUUUUUAAGAAAAAGCGUGACUGUGGACUCUCAGAGAAGCGUGAAACUUUCGUCAAAAAGGUAUGGAAGAAUUAGCAGAGAGACAUGUCGCAAGUCUAUAUACAGAACAAACUAAGUAUUGCGAAACGAAAACAUAAUGUAUGAGCAUGUCAUAGGGAGUAGAACA